UUUUCUUUGGUCGUCCGCUCAACUGUUGUUUCUGUGGAAAGUGCGGUGAAUUUUAAUCGUAAUGGCGGAUCGGAGAAAGGUAUUAAAAAGACAUCAAAUUGAAAAUGCGCUUCAUGAGAUGUUUUCGUCGGAGGACGAAAGUGACGAACAUGACAAUGAUUAUACUGAUUAUGUCCCAAAAUCACUGAACGCAAGGUUAAACGAUAUUCAAGGUAUGUCUAAUCGACAGUUAUUACUAUUAGACGGCGAUGCACGUCAGUCUUACGAAGAAUCACCUAACGAGGAAGUUUCACCUUGUUUUGCACUGUCUGUACCAUCGCCUGACUUUCCUGAAGUGCUUGCACCCGCUGUUGAUGAAGAAAUAGGACCUUAUGUUCCAUUGUCUGCACCAUUGCCUGACUUUCAUACUCACCCUGAAAUGUUUGCACCUGCUGUUGAUGAAGAAAUAUCCCCUUGUGUUCCAAUGUUUGCACCAUUGCCUGACUUACCUACUCACCCUGAAAUGCUUGCUCCUGCUGUUAACGAAGAAAUGGCACCUUGCAUUACAAUGCCCGGACCAUCUUCUGGCUUACCAGCUAAUAUUCCAACUUAUGCUGAAUUGCAGGCACGGGAUAGAACAUGGACUACAGAUGUUGAAAAUUUUGACGAGUUAAAUUUCGGCAAGGAAAUUGAACCUACUAAAUCAUAUAGCUAUCAAAGUCUUCCCAUUGAAUAUUUUAGUAACUUGUUCCCUGAUGAGAUUUUUGAAAUGAUCGUCGAAUACACAAAUAAAUACGCGAAGUUGAAACAAAGUAAAUUCUGGAGCGACACCCACGUAGACGAAAUAAAAGCAUUCCUAGCUAUAAUCAUUUUAAUGGGAAUAAAUCCUCAGUCAGAUAUAGAGCUGUAUUGGAGUGCAGAUCCUUUUUAUAAUAACAUAGAGAUUAGUGGCACAAUGACAAGCAAAAGAUUCAAAAAAAUUUUAGAAAAUUUUCAGCUAAAUUUCUAAAUAUAAUCGAUAAAAUCGCAUACUACAGGUUACUACUCAUAUAAAUCUACAAAAAGAUCACUAUUACUGCAGUAUUUGUACGAGGCCUGGUAAAGGGUUAAAUAAUAAUAUAAAUGUUGAGUUGAGACCAACACGUAACUGCUACCAUUUACUUAACGCAACGUAUUUACUUACCUUAAACUCAGGCGAUAUAUCACUUUUUCUUUUAGGCGUUGGCAUAAAAGCCUUUAGAUUUUGGUAUAUUUCUUGAAACAAAUCUUUGCUAACUCUAUAAUUAGCUAUAAAUUCGUUUUCACACAUAGAAAAUGCUCGAUCUGUGUAUCGCAUCAUUCGACGGUCAUUUCGCCUUUGUUUUAAUUCACUUACAUGUGAUUUACGUAUAAUAUGGUACAUAAUUGCUAAUCUUGCCAUUUUAUGGACUUACUAUUAAGUUAAAACCACUUAAAACGCAAAACAAUUUCAAAAAAGUUACACUUUCGUUAUUGGAAAAAUCACAAUCGCCAAACAAUUUGUGCACAAUAUUAACGCAAUAUACAGCUGUCAAAUUAACUCGAGUAGCGUUUUGUGUCUCGCCAAUCCCGAUCCCGAUUCCAUUUAGUUCCCUAAAAUGGACACGCAAUCUUAAACCAAUUUGGCGCUAGUGUUGAACUCAAGAGUACGAAACGUUGAAAUUCCAAUAUCUAGUGAUUGGAAUUGUAAUCAAGAGUAAGCCAGCUGGUUACGCUCAUAAAUUUGAAGUUUAUGUUGGUGACAAUAAUAUUCAAGAACCCAAUGAACCAGACUUGGGUGUAACAGGAAAUGUUGUGGUGAGACUUGUAAAGAUGGUACCCCGAAACAUCAAUCAUAUAGUCUAUUUUGAUAAUUAUUAUACAUCCAUUCCAUUAGCUUGCUAUUUGCACAAACAAAAAAUCCACUGUUUGGGUACUGUCCGAAUCAACAGACUGCCUAAUAAUAAGUUGCCUAAUCCUAAAGCUUUCAUGAAAAAGUCUGUUCCAAGGGGAUCUUAUGAAGAACAGAUGACCACCUAUGAUGGUACAGAUAUUUCUGUAACCAUGUGGAAAGAUAACAAAAUAGUUACUUUGUUAUCGACUUAUGUGGGCGUUGAUCCAGUCCAAAAAAUAAAUAGAUACGACAAAACUAAAAAAGAAAAAAUUCUAAUUGAUUGCCCACAGAUUGUCAAAGACUACAACUCCCACAUGGGUGGCGUGGAUCUCCUU